ACACCAUCAGUGGUACCCAAAAGUGUAUUGGGGUAGCAAAGUGGCCAUGUGCUGUGCGCCAAUCGUCUUCUGUGCUCAGUGGUCUGUAUCUUGAUCUUCCAGGUGCCCGCCUGACACCGGAGCAGUGCCAAGUGGUGGCUGGGAAGAUCCCCUGUGCAAAUGCCCUUGACCAAGCUGCCUGCUUCCAGGCUGGCUGCUGCUAUGAUAGGACUGACCCAACUACUCCUUGCUACUAUGGAAACACAGUCACUCUCCAGUGCCUCAUGGAUGGUCACUUUAUUCUGGUGGUCUCCAGGGACAUGUCUGACCAUCCCAUCAUCCUGGACAAUAUACGGCUAGCCUAUGCCCAGGCAGGGUGCAAUCCCAUCAGGAUGACAGAAGCUUUUGUGCUCUUCCGCUUCCCUCUCACACAAUGUGGCACCACAGUCCAGGUAAUUGGGGACAAAUUGAUCUAUGAGAAUCAGCUGAUCUCUGGCAUUGACAUACAGACUGGGCCAGAAGGCUCCAUCACUCGGGACAGCACCUUCGUCCUCCAUGCUCGCUGCAUCUACAAUGCCAGUGACUUCCUGCCAGUCCAGGUCACGGUCUUCUUGCCCCCCACACCUGCUCCAGUCAUCCAGGCAGGACCCCUCCGGCUUGAGCUGCGUAUCGCCACAGACCUGAACUACAGAUCGUAUUUCACAGAGAGAGACUAUCCUGUGGUGAAGGUACUCAGGGACCCUGUUUAUGUGGAGGUUCGCAUCCUGCAGAGAACAGACCCAUCCCUGGUUCUGGUUCUGCACCAGUGCUGGGCCACCCAAAGUGCUAACCCCCUGCAGGCGCCGCAGUGGCCCAUCCUGGUGGAUGGGUGCCCAUUCCUAGGAGACAACUACAGAACUCAGCUUGUGCCCAUGGACCCUGCCUCAUCUGAGCUGCCCUUCCCAACUCAUCACCAGCGCUUUGUCCUCUCCACCUUUGCUUUUGUGGACUCUACUUCCCAGAUGGUACUUGAGGGACUGGUGUACAUCUUCUGUAGUGCCUCUGCCUGCUCACCAUCCCAGCUGGAGUCCUGCAGGACCAUAUGCCCAUCAGGGGUAACUGCAAGAGGCCGUCGGUUCCUGACUAUCCAAAGUGAGACAGAGCCUCUUGAUGCGGUGAGCUCUCAUGGGCCUGUGAUUUUUCUGGGACAGCCCAGAGGCAUUCAAAGAGCCAGUCUAUGGGAAUGAAGACCCUGGUUCUAGACUGGACCUGUCCCCUGUGCUCCUGGCUGGGCUCUUGCUGGUGGCUGUAGUCUCCAUCCUCACUGCCGUGAUCCUGCUUUGGAAGAAAAAAGGUUGGAUGACCAGGUUCCAAAACCCUCAUGAAGGAACAUUGUAAAAAAAAACAAUAAAACUGGUUGUAUCCUG